AUGUCUUUUCAGAGUAAUCUCAGCCUGUCUCUGGACAGCCCCACCCAUGCCAUCUGCGUGGUGGGCAUGGAAAUCACUUUGGACAUCAGUGGGUGUGCACCAGAGAAGUGUGAGUCCUUCACCAUCCGCGGCUCCCCCAGGGUCUUGAUCCAUAUCUCCAGCUCAGUCAUCUCUGGAAAAGAGGAUGCUGCAGUCUGUCGGCCAAUGAAACAGCCCACAGAGGCAUUGGUGAGGAUGGUGUCGCCCAGCCCCACUGUCGACGAAGACAAGGUGCUGGUCUCCUACUUCUGUCCUGAUAAAGAGAUCCCAACAGCCACAGCCGUGCUGCUCCUCACAGGCAUUGAGGUCUCCCUGGAGGCAGACAUCUAUCGAGAUGGACAACUGGACAUGCCAAGUGAUAAGCAAGCUAAGAAAAGGUGGAUGUGGGGUCUGAACGGCUGGGGAGCCAUCCUGCUUGUGAAUUGUAAUCCUGGUGACACAGACCAGACUGAAGAACAGCCCAGCAUCCAGGAGGGCCCCAAAGAAAUUCAGAACCUAUCUCAGAUGACUCUAACUGUGGAGGGCCCCACCAGCAUCCUACAGAACUACCAGAUGCUUCUUCAUACCUCUGAGGAAGAGGCAAAGAAGACCAGAGUCUACUGGUCUCCAAGUGGCACCUCUGCCUAUCAAAUGGUACUAGGACCUGACAAACCUGUCCAUAUCCUGCCUACCUUUGAGAACCGUGGGAAAGAGACUUUCUACGUAGAAGCCAAGGAGUUUCCAUCUGCCAGCUUCUCAGGCCUGGUCUCCUUCUCUGUCUCUCUAAUAGAGAAGGCUCAUGAUCAGUUGAUCCCAGAGACCCCGCUCUAUAAAGAUACAGUGGUGUUCCGGGUGGCACCGUAUAUCUUCAUGCCUAGCACCCAGCUGCCUCUCGAGGUUUACCUGUGCAGGGAGCUACAGCUGCAAGGCUUUGUGGACACCGUGACAAAGCUGAGCGAGAAGAGCAACGUGCAGGUGGCUUCUGUCUAUGAGGACCCCAACCGCCAGGGCAAGUGGCUCCAGGACGAGAUGGCUUUCUGCUAUACUCAGGCGCCUCACAAGACACUGUCCUUGAUCCUUGAUACCCCGAGGGUUUCCAAUCUGGACGAUUUCCCCGUGAAAUACUCACUGAGCCCUGGUGUUGGCUACCUGAUCCAACAAACUGAGGACCACCGGGUGGCUAGCCUGGAUUCCAUCGGGAACAUAAUGGUAUCCCCGCCCGUCAAGGCUCAGGGCAAAGACUACCCGCUAGGAAGGGUCCUCAUUGGUGGCAGCUUUUACCCCAGCUCUGAGGGCCGAAACAUGAGCAAGACCCUGCGAGAAUUCGUGUAUGCCCAGCAGGUCCAGGCCCCCGUGGAACUCUUCUCGGAUUGGCUGAUGACGGGUCACGUGGAUCAGUUCAUGUGCUUUGUCCCUAUCGAUGAGAGAAACGAUGAGCAGAAGGCCUUCCGCCUGCUGCUGGCCAGCCCCAGUGCCUGCUUUGAGCUGUUUGAACAGAAGGAGAAGGAGGGCUAUGGGGACGUGACCCUGUUUGAAGACAUCAGAGCGGAACAGCUUCUUUCUAACGGGAGGGAGGUCAAAACCAUUUCCCAAAUCCUGGCUGACAAGACCUUGCGAGAGCAGAACACGUAUGUUGAGAAGUGCAUCAGCCUGAACCGCACCCUCCUGAAGAAGGAACUGGGAUUGGUAGACAAGGACAUCAUCAUGAUCCCACAGCUCUUCUGCCUGGAGAUACUAACAAAUGUCCCCUCCAACCAGCAGACCACAAAGCUCUUCGCGAGGCCAUACUUCCCUGACAUGCUGCAGACAAUCGUGCUGGGGAAGAACCUUGGCAUCCCCAAGCCCUUUGGGCCCCAGAUCAAGGGCACCUGCUGCCUUGAAGAGAAAGUGUGUGAAUUACUGGAGCCCCUGGGUCUCAAAUGCACCUUCAUUGACGAUUUUGAUUGCUACAUGACCAACAUGGGGGACACCUGUUCCAGUGUCAUCGUAAACCGGGUGCCCUUUGCGUUCAAGUGGUGGAAGAUGACCCCAUAA